AUGCACAAAUUACAAAUUAGUGUAGGGACUUCAUAUGAUCCAUCAACACACAAAAUCAUUCUUCCAAAUGAAGAAAAUCCAUAUUUCAUCAAUACAGAACAUAUUGUUGGUAGAAUUGGUGUUCGUAUCAGAGAUUUUCAAGGCAUAACUCCGUCCGGUAAAGAUAUAAUAUCAUCAAGUAAAUAUUUUGAAAAUAAUAAUUAUCAAUAUUCAAUACAAGUUCAAGCUAAGUUCAAAGGAAACAAUAAAUGGACAGCUGAUGACAUUGUUUUUGGGAAUGACUUUGAUCAUAAAAUAAAUUUACCGCCCGGAAGUUGGCUCGGAUUAAAAAUCCUACAAUGGAUUGAUCCAGGUUUAGAAGCAGAUAUCUAUUCUGAUAAACCAUCGGCAUUCUCACCACUAUUAUUCACAAUGAAUGUUAUAAAUCUACAUUAUGAUGAAAAUUCGGCAGAUUUGCCUGAUUGGCCAUCAUUCAACGGUAAUCAUAUAAUGGAAGGAGAAAUAUAUUCUAAAAAUUCCGAUAAAAUUAUAAGUGCAUGUAACACCAGUGAUAGAAAAAAAUAUUUCUCCAUAAAGGAAAAUAGGCAAGAUUUUAAAAUUACUCAAGAUCAAAUUUGGAAUUUCGAUUUCUUUAACUCUUAUAUAGAUUUCAAUAAGAUCGCUGUAAAGUUACCUGGAUUCGAAAUAAGUGUUCUACAAUAUUGGGAUGGACAGCCAUUACGAUAUGUGUGUAAAUCAAGAGAUUCUUCAGUAGUAUUUUUUGUCGUAAUAUUUCAAUUAAUUGAAGUGUACCAAGAAAAUAUCAGUGAAGUAGAAGAAAAUUUAUCAGAUGAGGAAAGAAUUCAACAACCAAAAAUUGACACUUCGCCAUUGAUUAAUAAAUUGAUUGAAGAACAGAGAAAUAAAGAAAAAGAAUUAUUUAAAAAAAUACAAGAUGAAAAUGAUUUAACGCCAAAAUCAAAUGCGAUCUGGUCAUCUGUGAAAUCCCCGUCUAUUUUAAAAAUUCCAAAGUUAAAAUUGUCUUAUGAAGAUAAAGAUGAUCAUGAUUUAUCAAAUUUAAAUCUUUCAUCUUCUUCAUCAAUUAAUGAAUGA